UAAACUCCUGGUAGCAGGAGAGCAGAACAGUAAAGGAGGUAUUCGUGGCAAUUCGCAUAUAUCAAAAUACAUUGAUAGAGAAAAAUAAUUAAGAUCUGUUCGUGUACUUCGUUAGGUAUCGGCCGAUAGCAGAGUAUACCGAACAUAGCCGAGCGUUGCCGAAGUGCCCCCCGCUCUUCGUCGGGAAGGAAGGUCUCGCCAUUGCUCUCUCGAGCGUCGAACUGACAAGAUGUGCUGUUAUAAUCACUGUUAUAUUUUUUUCAGGAACUAUGUCUUUAAGAUUCUGAGGUGUACCACAUUGCAAAUACAAUUUUACGGACAGAAAAUUAAUAAUAAUGAAUGCAUGUUUGAAUGAUACUUGUUCAGGAUACAAAAAAUAUUGCAAAAUGAAUAUUUUGCCGGGAACAGCAUCCCUUCUUGAAGAACUUGACAAAAAACUUAUGGUUUUACUAAGAGAUGGCAGAACGUUAAUUGGAUAUCUAAGAAGUGUUGAUCAAUUUGCUAACAUUGUACUUCAUCGUACAAUUGAAAGAAUUCAUGUUGGUAAAGAAUAUGGAGACAUCCCAAGAGGCAUUUUUAUUGUGAGAGGAGAGAAUGUUGUACUUUUAGGAGAAAUAGACAGAGAUAAAGAAAAAGAUUUACCAUUAACAGAAGUAUCUGUUGAUGAUAUUUUAGAUGCACAAAGACGAGAGCAAGAGUUAAAACAAGAUCAAAAACGAUUAAUAAAUAAAGCAUUAAAAGAACGAGGUCUAUCAUAUAUUCCAGACAUGGGUCAUGAUGAUAUGUUCUGACCCAUGUCAACAUCUUUGACAACUAAUACUCUAUCAUCCACAUCUUCACAUAAUUCUGAAACUUAUGAUACAUGUUAUGCAUCACUUUCUUUUUGAGAGUGACUAACAAUGACAAACUAUAACU